AUGAAUGAUCAACAAGCGAAUGAUGAUAUGAACGGUGAUAAUGUAAAAGAUGAUGCAAGAGAAAUGAAUGCCGUUGGUAACAAUAAACAGACUGCAAUAAAUAAAAAGAAAGAAUCAUCAAAGCAAACAUCAGCGGUGACAAUCUUGGCCGAAAAUAAAAAGUGGGAAUGGGUUCCACAAUUUUUGGCUCCUACUUUAAUGAAGGAAUUGUGUUUUCGUGGGCGCUACGCCGAGGCAAUCGAGUGGUACACUUUGUUGCCUCUCUCGGAUACGUACAUCGUACUAUGGGAAAUGGGGUGA